AUGUCCGACAGCACGGCGGAGCGCGGGUUUGUGCCACCUGCCGGUUACAAACGCGCAGAACUGGCAGAGACAAGCAUAGGGAAAGAUGAGGAAUUAUGGGUGAUUCGAAUUCCUGACGAGCUUGACGCGGAGCGGCUCGAUGGCACAACAAUUCCGCUAAAGUCGCUCGAAAGCAGCAAGCCUGCGACGCUCGCGAGUUUGCGUGUCGCUGACGAUACGUACGAGCUGCAUAUGAUGCAAAAGACACGUGCGCAUCGCGACGGCGGCACGCAGCUGAUCGAUAUUGCCGGCACGGCGCCGAAAAACCAGUAUCUCGAGCCGCAUUUCUACGAUGUGCACCCUGGCGGCGUCGCCGACGAUCUCUUCUCGAUUGCGGCUAUGGUACCAAGUGCGCAGAAUACGCUUGCUACAGCGCUCACACCCGUGCAUCGCCGCAUGUACAUUGCCCUAAAGCCGCCGGCUGGGCGCGUGGUCGGCGUCGAAACGGAGGCAAAGCCACACGAGCCGCACGUUCAGCCUUGGGAUUUGCUGACAGGACGGUGCUACCCAGCGGGAUCGCUCGCGCAGCCUUCGGCAGACAAGGAUACCAAGAAACAGAAGAAGCGCAAGAGCGGGAAAGAGGAAGAAAAGCCAAAGUCUGCGCGCAAGAAACACAAAUCGUAG